AUCACAUGGUUUUGACGUCACACCGUCGCUGGACUGCUCCAUAGAAUCGUCUCCUGGAUAUUAUGGGAGAGAAUCCCGGAGACCGGAGGGACGGCAAUGAUCUCUGUCCGGUUUGAUGACGUUGCAGUGUUUUUCACGGAGGAUGAGUGGCGGUGUCUGGAGGAAUGGCAGAAGGAGCUGUACAAGGACGUGAUGAAGGAAAACUACCAGAGCCUGGUGUACGUGGAUCAGCCGGAGAUCCUGUCCAGGAUUGAGAGGGGAGAGGAUCCCUGUAUCAGGGCACAGGAGACACAUGCAGAAAACCCCGCCCACACAGACAGAAGCGACCGAGGAGAGGAGGAGCUGGACAUGGAGCUGCAGAUAGACUGCCCAGAGGAGCUCCUGGAAGAUGUGGAGAACCAGCCUCAGUGGGACAUGCUGGACAUACUGAUAUUUCUGGACGAGCUCUUUGACCUGUAGAUGGCGCCGCGCCUGUAGUGUUUUUUAUUUUUUCUUCUUCUUCUUUCAUUAAAUGGUUUAUUUUGUA